AACAAUCGGCCGGGCGCCGCCAUCUUGGGCCGGCUCCGCACGCCGCGCGGUGAAUGGGUCGCUAUGAGAGAGCCACAGGGGAGCGGCGGCAGCAGCAGCGCUCCGAGGGCUGCUCCGAGCUGCCGCCCGCCCUCGGCAGGCUCUAGAGGCGGCCGCCGCCGCCCGCAGGGAACCCCCGGGCUCGGCCUUUCCGCCUCGGCGAGCCCCGAGCCGCGCUCCUGGACCGACAAAGUUGGGCUCCGCCGCGCCGCCGCCGCCGCCGCCCGGGAGCCGAGGGGGUCGCGGUCGGGGGCCGAGCCGGGAGCGGGCCGGGGCCGGGGCCAGGGCUAGGGCAGGGCCCAGGGGAGCCCGGCCGGGGGCUCGGGGCUGUUCCGCGCCGCCCCGGCGACCUCUUUCCCUUUUUAAUAUAUAUAUAUAUAUUUUUUUCUUUUUUUUUUUUUUCCUCAAAAAAUCCUGACUGGACCGAGGGGGAGACAGCCGCCGUUGUGGUAGGGCGAGGGGAGGAGGAGAGGCGGCCGUGAGGGGUUGGCGAGCACACGGCCGGGGGGCGGCAGGGACAGGGGGACAGGGCACGACAGACGGCCAGGGGGACGGGACAGGGGGACAGGGCUGCCCCAGCCCCGUGUGCCCCCCCCCCAGCCCCUUUCCUCCCUCAGGAGCUUCCCCGGGACUCGCCGCCCUCCUCCCCGGCGGCCGGGCGCUGCGUGCUUUUUGCGGCGUGUUUUUAAUUUAAUUUAUUUUAUUUUUUUUCGCCCUCUCCUCGUUUAAAUACCAAAUACAGCCCCCCCCCGCCCCCGGGGGAAGGGGAUGGAGGUGUCUUAGGAAAAAUUCCCCGUUCCGCAGCCCGGGCUGAAGGCCGGCCCGGAGGGGGGCGAUGAGCUCGGGCUGAGCGGCUGGGGACGUGGGGAGCCGGUGUCGGGGCCGGUGCCAGCCCUGGUGCUGCCCCUCUGCCGGUGCCAGCCCCAGCCCUGGUGCUGCUCCUCGGCACCCUCAGCAGCACCGCCACCCAACCCCAGCCUGGCCCACGUGCAGCCGCCGGCCUCCUCCCGCAGGACUCCCGACCCGUCUCUUCCUCGGAGGCUUUGGACGUUGGAAGGCGAAAUGGAGCUGCUCUUCUUCUCCCAAACACUACAUGUUGCGUAACGGGAGCCAGGACGAAAGCCCCGACCCGUGUGCUGGUCUCGGUACGACUCCCGGCGCUCGGCACCCACCGGAGAUGCUUUACGGAGCUUGAUGUGGAACAGAGUUGGAGCCUCUUCAGAGACUUUGUCGUGUCCGGCGGCUUAAUUGCUGACUUCUUUUUCUUAGUGGAUUCGUAACAUACUUUUAUGAAUUAAAUUUUGCCACUGUUUGUACAGAAGCCAAAUGACACGUGUGUUUUGAAACACGGUUCCAAAUAUAUCCAGCCCUGAACCCGGAUUCUCGCUAGAAAGAGCCGGAGGGAGAUCGUCAGUCUCUACAUAAACCUGAUUUUACUGUUUCGUGAACAUUAUCCUCUUUAGAGAUGUUGCUGUAGAUUGCUUUACAACUGUUCGGCAAGAAGGGGGAUUUUCCAGCUUGCUGGACCCAGGAAACUGGAUACUUAAAGUCACUUAAAUGUUUUAAGAGCAUUGGAAAAUGGGAGCUGCUACUAAGUUGGCGUUUGCUGUUUUUCUUAUCUCUUGUUCUUCAGGUGCCAUACUCGGCAGAUCAGAAACACAAGAGUGUAUCUACUACAACGCUAAUUGGGAAAAAGAUAAAACAAAUCGCAGUGGCAUUGAACCUUGUUAUGGCGAUAAAGAUAAAAGACGACACUGUUUUGCUACGUGGAAGAAUAUUUCCGGAUCAAUUGAAAUUGUGAAACAAGGCUGCUGGCUAGAUGACAUCAAUUGUUAUGACAGGAAUGACUGCAUAGAGAAAAAAGACAGCCCUGAAGUGUUCUUCUGUUGUUGUGAAGGCAACAUGUGCAAUGAACGCUUUUUCUAUUUCCCAGAGAUGGAGGUCACACAACCAACUUCCAACCCAGUUACACCGAAGCCGCCUCUGUUCAAUACCUUGCUAUAUUCAUUGGUGCCUAUAAUGGGAAUUGCAGUGAUCGUGCUCUUUUCGUUUUGGAUGUACAGACAUCACAAGCUAGCAUAUCCUCCUGUGCUUGUUCCAACCCAAGAUCCCGGCCCACCACCGCCGUCACCACUGAUGGGUUUGAAGCCAUUGCAGUUGCUAGAGAUCAAAGCUAGGGGAAGGUUUGGCUGCGUGUGGAAAGCUCAGCUCCUGAACGAAUACGUUGCAGUCAAAAUAUUCCCCAUUCAGGACAAACAGUCUUGGCAGAAUGAAUAUGAAAUUUACAGUUUACCUGGAAUGAAGCAUGACAAUAUUCUACAGUUCAUUGGUGCAGAGAAACGAGGCACUAGCAUUGAUGUCGAUCUCUGGUUAAUUACAGCAUUUCACGAAAAGGGUUCGUUAACCGACUUUCUCAAGGCUAAUGUGGUUUCCUGGAAUGAGCUAUGUCACAUUGCUCAGACCAUGGCUAGAGGCUUGGCUUAUCUUCACGAGGACAUACCAGGGCUGAAAGAUGGACAUAAGCCUGCCAUCUCACAUAGGGACAUCAAAAGCAAGAAUGUGCUGCUGAAAAAUAACCUUACAGCUUGUAUCGCUGAUUUCGGUCUAGCUUUAAAGUUUGAGGCUGGAAAGUCUGCAGGGGAUACACAUGGACAGGUCGGCACACGAAGGUAUAUGGCUCCUGAGGUACUAGAAGGUGCUAUCAACUUCCAAAGGGAUGCGUUUUUGAGAAUAGAUAUGUACGCCAUGGGAUUGGUCCUCUGGGAGCUGGCGUCACGCUGUACUGCCUCAGAUGGCCCAGUGGAUGAGUACAUGUUGCCAUUUGAAGAAGAAAUUGGCCAGCAUCCCUCCCUUGAAGACAUGCAGGAAGUUGUAGUUCAUAAAAAGAAGAGACCUGUUUUAAGAGAGUGCUGGCAAAAACAUUCUGGCAUGGCCAUGCUUUGUGAAACCAUCGAGGAGUGCUGGGAUCACGACGCAGAAGCCAGGUUGUCAGCGGGAUGCGUAGAAGAACGGAUUAUCCAGAUGCAAAAACUAACUAACAUUAUAACGACAGAGGACAUUGUGACGGUGGUCACAAUGGUGACAAACGUUGACUUUCCUCCCAAAGAAUCCAGUCUAUGAUAGUUGCACUGGUCAUGUCAUUGACCAACAGGACUCUUCACUGGAGCUGCUAAAGCUGACGGGACUGCUCACGUCGUUACUGUUUUCUGUGUGAACCGAACGAUAAGUCUCUCUGGAACAUCAUCAAGAGGUGGUUUUCCUUUAUUUUCCCCUUCCUCCUCCCAAACAGGAAUCCAUGAGACUUUUUGCAUUCCCUGCUUACACCUGAAGGACGCGGGACUGAGGAACGAUGAUAACACGCUGUUAAGGAACUUAAAUGAAGAAUAUGGACCUGUGCUGGCUAAUCAAGUGUUUUAAAAACUGACAUCAGAUUUCUUAAUACCUGUCGGAAGAGACUAAUUCCUUAAAUGAACUACUGUUAUUUUUUUUAAAUCAAACAUUUCAUUUCAGAUUUAAAAAAGGGUAACUUGUUUUUAUUGCAUUUGCUGUUGUUUAUAAAAAUGACUAUUGUAAUGCCAAUAUGACACAGCUUGUGAAUGUUUAGUGUGCUGCUGUUCAGUGUACAUAAACAAAAGUAAUCAAGUGGGAUAUAGCAAAGAGGCUUCCAAGUAUUACUUAACCUCCCUCAACAAGGUAUACCUCAGUUCCACCUCUGCUAAAUUAUGAGAUUGACAACACUAACAAAAUUUGAAUAAUAAAUUGAUCCAUGUUUUGUAAAUGAUGUAUUUCAAAUUCACUGUGUUAUUUAAAAAGGGUAAGCUAUGCUUCAUGCCAACAGUAAAUGGCCAUUCCUAAAGCAGUGUUUUUAGCCUUUUCUUGUACUAGCUUGUUGUGUAUAAAAAAAAGUGCUGUUUAUUGAAACAAAAUUUUCCUUCUUGUUUUAGUUUAAAGCUUUUCUCUUACCUCCAUUUCCCAGAAUAUCUCAUACAUUUAUUUAAUGGAAUACUAUUUAGGUUUGCUGUGUCUGAGGAAUAUUUGAAAACUUAAGCAUGACUUUUUUAAUUUUCUGUGAGCUAUGACACUGGAAAGCUCUGAAUUCUUUUUUUUUUUUAAAGUCUUUCUCCUAUUUAUGUUUGUGACAAGGUCUGCCUAGUGUGUUUUCUGUUUCACUAAACAGUAUGCAGUGGGUUCUGUAUCACUGUUUCAGGAUCACCUCAGGAAGCUCAAUUACCCCAAACUCUUUACUGUCUGCAACUUCACUCUACUUAAAGCUCGGUGCCAUCUGAUCAGAUGUACUUCAUGUCUGUGAUACGUAGGUUUAUCCCAGAAUUGUAAUAAAAAAUUAGAGCCUGAGUUUUCAGAUUACAAAUGCUUAAAAAUUUCAGGGAUAAUUUAGUUACAUGUAAAAUAUGCAGUGACAAGUAAGAGGUAACGAAUACCGAUCUCCGUACCACAGACUCACAAAAAAAUAAGGAAAAACGUUGAAAUUGCUUUCACAACUCCCAUGUCAUUUUCAAGUGUAGGAAGUCAUGCCUUAUAUUUAAGUUCCAAAUUGACUGGUAGAUAGGUGCCAAAGUGCUUCUCAGAAGUACUGUUUCACUACAUUGAUUUGAUCUUUUACACUAAUUUCCAAGUAAAAUAAAUUUUAUAAACCUCUAGAGUACAGAACCACCAUUGGUUAGUGUAUGCUGUGUGCUUUUACCCUCGUGUUUUGUUUGGUUUUGCACCAUGCAGUCAGGGGCUUUCGAAAGAAGCUUUGAAUGUUGCGAGUAGGAGCUUGCUGUGAAUGUCAUCUUGAAAAGCUGAUCCUCCAACCACAGGAUGCUCUGUUUUACGUGUGUGUGAACUUAAUCUCUGGGAACAAUAAGAGACGUUACAGAUAAAACAAGACCUAGGUCAGCAUGCUCUUGGUAGGGAGGGAAGGAAAGGUGUCGCAGUGGUGCUCGUGUAACAUCCACCCACCGCCCCCUGUCCUGGUGUUCGUCGUGUUUAUGCCUAAGGCUUCACAGAGCCAGAGGAACCCUGCUCUGAAGGGUGACUGGCACUGCAGGGUGCAACUCGGUGUUGUUCUGCUUGGUUAUAAAAAGAAAAAAAAAGUAGCUUGUGGCCACUUCCUUAACUGACAUCUUCAUUUUGCUUCCAUUUUUAAGCCAGGGAUGCUGUUUUACGCACACAGCAAGGCACAAUCGUAGCUGCUGAGUUCUGAACAAAACAGGAUCCCGUCGCACUCUACUGAAGACCUCUGUGCUCCCAUGGCGUUGUAACCCCAUUACCGGGGAAUGCGGAAUAAAUGCGGCUGAUUUAAUAAUCUGUUACUCGAGAUCUGAUGCAAAAAUUGGUCCUGCGUAAAAUGUGCAUCACCUCUCCUGGAUCCUUUUAAAGUUCAGCUACUGCGGGCUCUGACAGCAAGGCGCUGGGGGUGCCAAAAAUACACAGAGCAGUGCAGGCUGCACGGGCACUCAGGGAAACUGAGCUGGCUUACCUGCGUGGUUUGGAACUGCAGCUGGGUAUCUCCGAGGGCUUAAGCACUGUACUACACUGAGGUUCCUGAUUUUUUUCAACAGCGUAACGUAGUAGAUACAAAAAGGAAGGAUGUUCAUAGUAUAAAUACUACUUUAUAAAUACUACUUAAUUGGUUAAAAACAACUACCAUCCCCUGAGCUGUUCUAGUACCGCUGCUCUCACAGGGCAUUUGGCUUUGCUUCCAGAGCAUCGGGCGGGCAAGUUGAGAAAGGGCCUGCGCCAGCGUUUUACAAGUGUAAACAGCAGCAGGUUUGGCGAGACUGAUGCUAGUGGACCUAUUUGGCAUUAUUUACUAGCAGCCAGCGUCCCUUACAGUCUCUAGCAGUGCAGCCGGUGGGCGUGCGCUCCAGAGGGACACCCCGUGCAUGGGCUCAGGAAGAAAACCCAGUCCCCUGUGCCACGCUUUCAGCUGAGGGCUGCUGCAAUGCCACCGCUGUGCGGGCCCCAGGGCUGACAAAGGAGCCAGGGCUCGGCCUCGCCAGAAGUUUAAGCCCCACGCCACUUUCCCCCUUGCGUUGGUGGGCAAGGAAUUUUUCUAUCACACACUGCAUGGCUUUGUACUCACUGCUAUGUGCACCGCAGCAUUUCGGAGCAGAGCCUGUGCCUCGUAGUUGUUGGAGUUGUGGUGGUCUGAAACUACACCUUAGGAUGGGAAGUCACCGCCGUGGCCCUGCUAGUUGAGAUUUGUAAAAGUCAGCGUAGGUUCAAGUACCAACUGUUGGUGUGCUACCUGAGGUUUAAUCAGAGGGUAAUAAGACAUUUCCUGGUCGUAUUAGCAUUUGACAGAAUUACCAGUUUGCUCUUUUCUCCAGCUUCUCUUUUAAACCUCUUUUAAUGUUUACUUUUAUUAGGAACACUUGGUACAAAAAGCAGAAAGCUGUAACAUAGGCUCAUGGGCAAAAUGAUUCAAGUAGCAUCCUUGAUGGAACAUCAUUUACCUCAGAUACUCAACCAGCAGUACUUUUUUUUUUUUUUUAAACUUCUUUUAAAUGCAGUUUCAGUCCAUAUACUAUUCGUUACCUCUCAAGAUUUUGGUAAGCAAUUAUUUUAACUUUACUCUUUGUAUUCGUCAGUGUUUUGGGCACAGGUUGUUGUACUACUGUCAAAAUGUACUUGCUGUUUUCCUGCAAGUACUAAAAACAAACCAACCCCUCCCCACCCUCAAUAAAGUGAUUGUUAAAUAUUGUACAAAUAAAAAUGUAUGCUCUUUCCCCCCUACUUCCCCAAAAAGUUAAAAUAAAAAAUGUGACUAC